UCAGUUUGGUUUCCAGGCUAAUGAUUUACCGCGAUGGUAAUGAAAUGAUCAAACUCUUUCACUUUUACUGUAUAUGCGUUUUUUUUUAAAUAGCUGCAAGAUUUGAGCUGUAGACCACUGUGUAAGUAGAGCCUGGAACAACUCACACGAUUCAGCAAGCAACCUGCCAGCCCGAAAGCAUCAACAUCUUCAAGUACCAUUUCGAAGAUACCGGCUCAAAAUGGAUCCAAGUGUCAGAGCGUUCUGGUUCCAGUCAGGUCCAGCCAAAAAACAACAGGAGACGUUCCACUCUUCAAGAACUGAGCAAAGAAAGGAUCUCGGGACUACAGUGAUGAGGGAACCAGUGUAUCUGAUUGAGGAGAAUCACCAAAGAUUGCACAAUUCAACCGCCCUCGGUUAUAUCCAGUCUGGCCCAGCAGUUUCUACAGUGAUGAUGGAUGAACCAGUGUGUCAGAUAAAGAAUGACAUCGCUCGUGUGUUUGAGCCCCUGGAGGAGGCUUUGAGUCAUGGCUCCUACAUACACCCAGGGGGUUACAAAGACUUCCACGACAACCUACAGAAGCUAACCAAGCAAUUCAGAACAGAGAGAGACAGAGGACUCAAGAGUGAGGAACUAUUGAGAGAGUAUCUGGAUGAGAAGGCUAGAGUGGGAAAUACUAUCCUCUUGGUCGACCAGACUCUCAGCAAAGAAGAACACAAAAGGGAAGUGGAGUGGGUGAAGAAGGAGGCAGCAGAACAGGCUCGAAGAGUGGCAGAAGAGCAGAUUCAGAUUCAGCAACAGCUGAUCAAUAAGAUUGAGAAGGAACGAGAGAACACCAAACAGGAAUAUAUACAAGUGCUGGAGGCCAGACUUAAGGAACAGAAGGACCUAAUGGAUAAAGGCUUUAAGGAAUUAGGAGAAUACGUGCAGAAAAACAAAAAUGGCGUUCAAAGUGUCCUUAAAAGUCCCGCUCCUCAAAAUUCUGUCUCCAAAGUAUUGGAUGGAGUUGGCAAUAUUUGCUCCUUUGUUCCUGGCGUUGGCACUGCGAUUGGUGGAGGCCUUAUUGCCGGUGCCAAAGCUUUAGACUGCGCAUCAGAAUUGUUGAACUAGCUGCCCAGUGUUUCUAGAUUUCUAUGAAAUGUGAGCUAUAAUUAAUUAAAAUAUCAGGGAAAUAUUUUCCUUUAAAAAAUAAACAUUUUUGAUGGUUAUAUGAUUAAGGGGGGAAAUAUUACCUUAUGAGGGUGUUGUGCCUGGCCUUAAAGCCACAGUCUAAUGAAGUCUGUUUGAUUUUCCUUUAUUAAGCCCCUUUUUUCAUCCAACAAGUUUUCCUUUUAUUUCCUUCAUGUUAAGUUUUACUUUAAAGCGUAUUGCAAUUUUAUAUAAACAUUGAUUUAAAAUGAUAAACAAAUGGUUUAUAAUACUGCUAUCCUACAUUCAUUGAUUAUAUCUAAUCUAGUAAUUAUAUGAUGAGUCAAUUAUUAACUUUAUAAAUACAUUGACAAAGUCUAAUUACUUCUAAUUACUUACAUUACUUUAUGCCAAAUAAUGUAACCUUACUGUAAAGAGCUACCAAAUAAUAUAUCCUUUCAACAUGUAAAAGAUGACACGGCAAAGAUUUAUCUUUAGAAAAGUUUGAUUUAAUAAAAUGUUCUAAUUGCAGUAAAAAGCAGUCAUUUGGGAGCAUGCCAGGACUGAAGAGCUAUGCCAAUCUGAAUAAUACGUUUUCAAAUGUAAACAAAAUAAAAUCUGCUGAGACAUG